AUGGUAGCUCUCCAUGGCAAGUCACCCAAGGCUGGCUUGGCUGCAGCAGCUGCCAUUGCUCUGCUUGCACAUCGCAGAGGUCAGGCCCCGCGAGCCCUCUUAUUCUCACUGCCGUCUCCUCCAUGGAGACCGCUUGGUCGCACAGAGCUUAGCGCAUCGGCACGAAGUGAGGCGCGACUGAACAAGAAGGUUGCCCUGCUUAUUGACGGAGACCACAUCGGGCCACAAUGGUUUCAAUCCGUGCUGCUGGCGGUGCAAGCCAUGUCUGGCGAAAGGCCCAAUGUGGCGGUUUGCUUCGGAGCUCCACACUUGGCAAGCUCGUGGAAGUCACAGUUGGCACAGCACGGACUAGAAUUCCAAGCGGUGCACAGGCGGAACACGACAAAUCGCCCUGACCCCAAUGAUGCUGCAAUUCUUGAGGCUGCAAACACAAUUGCAGCAAGCGACGGAUCUAUCUGUAUUGCCAUCGCGUCCACAGACUCCGACUUUCUGCAAUAUCAUCUGCAGCUCAUGAAGCGCGGGAUCAGCUCGGUGGCCCUGGUACCUUAUGCCAGUGACGAGAAGCGCUGCGUCCUCUCUGGCGUGCCCUCGUGCCGGUUUCAAGUUCCUCCGAGCACUCCAGAAUUUAAGGAAGCCUUUGAAGAAAGGUUUCAGAAAAGGUAUGACGAGGAGGAGGCACAGCAAGUCUUUCAACAGGUUGGGCAAGCUCUCCAGGAACUCGGCUACUUGUCACCAACCCAGCCGGCCUUCCCAACGGCCAGGUCUCUGGCCAUCUUCUUCCACGCCAAUAACGAAGAGGAUGUGCAGCUGUAUCCCUGGUGUGUCGCAGCCUUUCUCGCCAGACCACUUCUAACCGCUGCUGUCCGGAAUCCGGGGGACCUCUUCUUCUUCGAGGCCAUGGAGGGCCGGAAGCAGCCCGCUGCCCUCAAGCGCUGGCGCGUGGAGAGAGCGCGCGAGGGACUGGCGCUUGCGGUGUUGGCCUGGCUUGGCUACGAGGUUGAGGAUGUGGUGCGACCAGAGCAGCCGAUGUCCUUGUGGGAAGAGCUGCGUGCUUUCUGGCGCCGCAACAGCAAGGCACUGCGGAUAAACCUGAAGCAUGCGGAGCGAGUGGCACCCAGCAUUGCCAUCCUGGGAAAUGAGGCCGACUGUGCCGAGAAGCUUUCAUUUCUGGACGAGAUGUUCAGGGAUGAUACAGUUCGGCAGCAGUGGCGCCCACCUCCGAAUGACCGUGACACGCGCCUUUGGCUGGCUCGACAAGGCUACCUGCAAGAUGCAGCUGCUGCACGAUGCGAGGUAUUGGAAGCCAUGCGCGCAUUGCUGCGUGAUCGUGGGAUUGAACCACCCAAGCACUCUUUUACUCUGACACUCUGCCUGGCGCAAGAAGCUGUGCUGCGAAGAAGCGAUCCCCUCUCCCGAAGUUGA